AGGUCAAACAUAUGAUAUCCUUUGGGAAUUUUCUUGUGCUGAAGGCUAGAGGGAGAGAUAAACAUUUUGCUUUCACCUUUCUGAUCCUUCCAUAUCUAUGAAGGCCAGGGGCCAUUCUGAUGUUUCCAGAGGUGUCAAUUUUAGACUCUGCGCCUUACUCCCUCCCUCCCUUUUCUACUGUGCUGCUCCCUUGUGUGUUCUUUAGAUAACAGGUGCUGCUCUGGCCUCCAUGACACAGUCUGAAUACAUCAGUCACAGAUUGGGCUCUCACUCUCAGCCUGAGGUAUUAGGGAGUUAGUGGAUAAAGGCAUUACUGUCUGAAAGGUGCUGAGCCAGGUGUGUGUGAGAGAUACGGGUAAAGCGCUCGGGUCAGGAGGAGGAUCUUGUGUCCUCUGUCCUGCUGCUGGCACGGCUCUCCUUUUCCUUUCUCUUCCGCUGUUCAUCUUUCCUCAUCAUUCCUCUCUAAUCCUCCCCUUUUACUGUUUCACUCUUUCUCCUCUAUCACCUUUUAUUCACACUUCAACAUAUUCUUCGUAAUCUCUUUAUCUCACACUAUCCCUCCUUGCCCCCCACUCUCCUUCACCAUGCUCUCCCUCUGAGUGUCCUCGCUGUCGGCGACAGCCUCUCUCCCUCCGUUGCCAUGGAUUUGGGCAGCCUGACCACGGUGGUUGCCAACUCUGCCUACAUAAGCGCCCGCGGCAGCUUCGAUGGCUCCAACCCGGCAGCCUCGCGUGACAAGAAGUACCACGCCCGCCUCAAGCUGCCCCAUAUCACCGUGUGUGAGGGCCUCCAGGAAACCCUGGACCUAACCUUUCAGUCAGUCUGCGUGGAGCAGCCCAUCGGCAAACGCCUGUUCCGCGAGUUCCUGGAGACGGCGCCCGAAUACCACGGUCCUUGCCACUUGUGGCGGGAUAUCGAAGAGUACGACUUAGCCGAAGACACAGACCGGGCCCAGAAGGCAUCUAGGAUUGUCCAGCGUUACCUGGAAUCCUCUGCUAAGCUCUACUGCCCCUUCCUGACCCCGGAGACCGUGACCCAGGUGAAGGAGGCACAGCAGGGGGCUGGGGACACCCUCUUUUCCCAGACACUGGUCUCGGUGCUGGGCUACCUCCAGGAAGUUCCCUACACCUUCUUCCUGGAGAGCAUGUACCUGAAGAGGUUCCUGCAAUGGAAGUGGCUGGAGAUGCAGCCCAUGGACCAAGACUGGUUCCAGGACUUCCGUGUGCUUGGGAAGGGGGGUUUCGGAGAGGUGUCUGCCUGCCAGAUGAAGGCCACGGGGAAACUGUACGCCUGCAAGAAGCUCAACAAGAAGAGGCUGAAGAAGAGGAAAGGCUAUGAGGGGGCAAUGGUGGAGAAGAGGAUUCUUGCCAGGGUUCAUAGUCGCUUCAUCGUGUCACUGGCCUACGCUUUCCAGACCAAGGAUGAGCUUUGCCUGGUUAUGACCAUCAUGAAUGGAGGAGACCUGAAGUACCACAUCUAUCUGGUGGAUGAGAACAACCCAGGGUUUGAGGAGCCCAGAGCCUGUUUCUACGCAGCUCAGAUCAUCCAGGGCAUGGAGCACCUCCACCAGAAGAGAAUCAUCUACAGAGACCUCAAACCUGAGAACGUGCUGCUGGACAAUGAAGGUAACGUGCGUAUCUCUGACCUGGGUCUGGCAGUGGAGCUGAAGGAAAACCAGACAAAGAUCAAAGGCUAUGCCGGAACUCCAGGGUUUAUGGCCCCAGAGCUCCUGAAGGGGGAGAAGUAUGACACCUCAGUGGACUAUUUCACCCUAGGGGUCACACUGUUUGAGUUUAUGGCCGCCAAGAACCCCUUCAGGGAACGCGGAGAGAAGGUUGAGAAGGAGGCACUAAAGGAGCGCAUCAUGACCGGGACAGUGGUCUACCCAGAGACAUUCAGUGAGAACGCCAAGUCCAUCUGCUCUGCGCUGCUGGAGAAACAGGUGGACAAGAGACUAGGUUUCAAGGACGGGACCUGUGACGAGAUCAGGACACACCCCUUCUUCAGCGCCAUCCACUGGACGAGACUGGAUGCAGGCAUCCUGCCCCCCCCGUUUGUCCCUGACUCCAAGGUGGUCUACGCCAAGGACCUGGAUGACGUGGGGGAGUUCUCCUCGGUGAAGGGAGUGGGGCUGGACGACCCCGACCGCGUGUUCUUUGACGAGUUCUCCUCUGGGAACAUUGCCAUCCCCUGGCAGGAGGAGAUGAUUGAGACGGGGAUCUAUGGUGAGCUCAACGUGUGGGGACCCGCAGGCACCAUACCCAACGACCUGCGCAGAGAGUCCAUCUUGGAACAGCCCAAGUCAUCCACCUGCUGCUUGGCGUGAUUGUCUCUUUGGAAACGGAGGACGAAGAAGGGAGCUCAGACGUUCCGGAUCAGACCAACCGUAGCUCUUUGAGGUUGUGUUUAGUACAUGCGGAAGUGCUGCCAACUGAAUAUUUUUUUGAACGCUUUACAUUUAGAGUAGAACAAUGAGAGAAACUGUAAAAAAAGAAGAAAAAAACAUAUACCUCAAAGGGCAUUGAUGGGAUCGUGACAACACCUGGACCCAGACAAACACUCAAAACAGUCCAGAACAGCAAAUCAGGUUCUACACAAUGACGUUACCAUGGAGAUGGAACUCCUGAGUGGCAUGGCAUUCUGACUGUUCAUUGGUUGAGAUUGAGAGAGUGUUCCGCUGCUCUUAGAGUGAAACUGUUAGAUGGACUUUGGACCUUUGUACUUCAGUUGGGCCCAGCAAUAGAUAUUCUGUAUUCUCAAAGCAUACUGACAGAUCAUUUAGCAGCAUCAAGAUAUAAGUGUGUGUGUAAGUGAGAGAAAACGAGAUGCUUUCUGAUUCUGCUCACUAUAACACUAGUGAAAUGUGCUAAGUAACAUGAAAUCUUGCAGUUCUCUAAAUAUGUCGAUAUACACUGAAUCUACCAAACAUCAGGAACACCUUCCCAAUAUUGAGUUGCCCCCCCCCCUCAGAACAGCCCCAAUUGAUCGGGCAUGAACUCUACAAGGUGUCACAGGGAUGCUGGCCCGUGUUGACUCCAAUGCUUCACACAUUUGUGUCAAGUUGGCUGGAUGUCCUUUGGGUAGGAGGACCAUUCUUAUUACAUACGGGAAAAUGUUGAGCGUGAAAAACCCAGCAGCGUUGCAGUUCUUGACACCUACUACCAUACCCUGUUCAAAGGCACUUCAAUGUUUUGUCUUGCCCAUUCACCCUCUGAAUGGCACACAUACACAAUCCUUGUCUCAGUUGUCUCUAGGCUUAAAAAUCCUUCUUUAACCUGUCUCCUCCCCUUCAUCUACACUGAUUUGAAGUGGAUUUAACAAGUGACAUCAAUAAGGGAUUAUAACUUUGGAAAGAGCACUUGUUAAUGUUUUCUGUACUCAGUGUAAAUGCUUACCUUCUUGAACUAGUCUGUUUUCAUGUAUAGUGGAAAAGGGUUUGUUUACCAUUGUCAUAAAUGCAGGUGAUACUGUCUCUAGUAGAUGUCUAUGUACAUAUAGUAACUUUAGAAUAUCUGUGUUGAUGCCAAUGCAGACUAUAUGCGUAAGUAGCGAGAAAUGAACACAUUUUUCACACUGUAGUGCAAAGCACAUUUAUUUACAAAACAUUUGUCAAUGUAUCAAAUGUAUGAAAAAACAUUGGUAGAUAAAAUUGCAUUUUGAAAAGUCA